GGUGCAUCUCGGGACGGGGGCGGCGCUCCAGUCUCUCUUUCUGCGCGGUGGCGGGUGGGCGGCAGCACGCGGCUCCCGGAGUGCGCGGAGUGAAGAUGGCGGACGGGGAAGGUUGUAUAGCUAAGAAGCAGAAGAAGAAAAAGGAUAAGAAAUCUCUACCAGAUGCAGAUGUUGCUGACAUACAGCACACAGAGGAAUUCUUCAUCAAACCUGAAUCCCGAGUGGCUCAGCUGGACACAUCUCAGUGGCCCUUGCUACUGAAGAACUUUGACAAGCUAAAUGUGAGGACAACGCACUACACACCCCUUCCCUCUGGCUGCAAUCCCCUGAAGAGAGACAUCGCUGAGUAUGUUAGGACAGGCUUCAUUAACCUCGACAAGCCAUCCAACCCUUCUUCCCAUGAGGUGGUUGCCUGGAUCCGGCGCAUCCUCCGGGUUGAGAAGACAGGGCACAGUGGGACGCUUGACCCCAAAGUGACAGGGUGUCUGAUUGUGUGCAUCGAACGAGCAACACGGCUGGUCAAGUCUCAGCAGAGUGCAGGCAAAGAGUAUGUGGGAAUCAUUCGGCUGCACAAUGCUAUUGAAAAUGAGAUUCAGCUUUCCAGGGCAAUAGAAACUCUGACCGGUGCCCUGUUUCAGCGACCUCCCCUCAUUGCAGCUGUCAAGAGGCAACUGAGGGUCCGAACCAUCUACGAGAGCAAACUGGUAGAGUACGACCCUGAGAGGAGAUUAGGUAUCUUCUGGGUGAGUUGUGAAGCUGGCACUUACAUCCGUACACUGUGUGUCCACCUGGGCCUGCUGCUGGGGGUUGGAGGCCAGAUGCAAGAGCUCCGGCGAGUGCGCUCGGGAAUCAUGGGAGAGAAGGACCACAUGGUGACUAUGCACGAUGUACUGGAUGCCCAGUGGCAGUAUGACAACAACAAGGAUGAGAGUUACCUGAGGAGGGUUAUCUUCCCCUUGGAGAAGCUGCUGACUUCACACAAACGGCUGGUUAUGAAGGACAGUGCAGUUAAUGCCAUCUGCUACGGUGCCAAGAUCAUGCUUCCUGGUGUUCUGAGGUAUGAAGAUGGCAUUGAGAUUAAUCAGGAGAUUGUUGUCAUCACCACUAAAGGGGAGGCCAUCUGCAUGGCUGUUGCCUUGAUGACCACCGCAGUGAUUUCUACUUGUGACCAUGGUAUAGUGGCAAAGAUCAAGAGGGUGAUUAUGGAAAGAGACACUUACCCCCGCAAAUGGGGUCUUGGUCCCAAGGCGAGUCAAAAGAUGAUGAUGAUCAAGCAGGGCCUGUUGAGCAAGCACGGCAAGCCCAACGAGAGCACGCCGGAUUCCUGGAAGAAGGAGUAUGUGGACUACAGUGUUGCUGUAAAGAAAGAAGCAGAAGCCCCAGCAGCAAUGGCCGAGAGGGUAUCAAAAAGAAAGCGGGAGACAGAGAGUGAAAAUGAGGAGGCAGCAGUGGCACCAUCCUCCCCAGCCACUCUGCAACCAGAGGAGCAGAGCAGGAAGGAAAAGAAAAAGAAGAAAAAAGAGAAGAAGGCCAAAGAAGCUGCCGAGAGCGAAGGGGAGCUAAUGGAAGUGGCCAGUGACACCAGCACAAAGAAGAAAAAAAAGAAAAAGAAGAAACAAAAGCAAGCUGAAGAGAGCUCAGAGUAAGUGGCUAGAUCCCUCCCAGCCAGAUGAGGCCACCUGCUUUGGAUGGAAGUUGGAGAGUCCUUAACAAAAGCUAUUCCCCAGCAAUGCAGAAACACUGACUGCAGUGGGGUGAUGAGGCUCCCGAUCUGUUGCUUACACAAACAAAAGCAUGUCUGCAGUGUGGCUCAGCGAGCUCACCAUAAGCCUCUCCCCAUCCUGUUUUAAGGGUGGCUGGAGGGAAGAGUGCAAAACUUACCCACUGGACUGUGCUCUGCUAAGCUGGUUGCCUCAAUGCAUAUAAAACUGUGUUCUCAGGGAACCAGCAGCUUCUGCUGAAAAUGAGUCCUCCUAACCCCCAGUGUUUCAAGCUAUCUCCACAGAUGGAGAUAAUGCCCCCCUUCCUAAUCCUGCCGUUCCCGGGUCUGGGAGCCAUUACCCUGACAGUCACAGAAUGUUCUUACAGCUGAAGGAAUUGGCCUGAGCCACUCGCCCUCUUGGAGCAGCGUUCAGGGUCUGGUUGAUCACAUCGGCUAUUUUAAGUGCUUUGGUUUUAAACUUGCAGUGCGUGGCUUGAGUCUCAGCUAGCCAAGUCCCAGUGUCUCCCCAAGGAGGGUAGAUGUUUUAGGUACAUGUUUUCAGUUUGUGUAGCUUAAAAUUUGUGCUUGAGGUUUUUCCCAUUUUGUUUCAUAGUGCAGGGACCUGGCUCCAUUUGCUGUUCACCAAACCCCCAUUUCAAUGUUAUGGCUGCCAUGUCCACCGCUGCCUCAGCCCUCCUUUCCAGUAUUGGCACCUGAUCGAUUCUGGGGGUUGGAAUGGAGACAGAGGAGAGAUCUCUGGGGCCAGAGGCCAAGUAUGAUUUGGAAGGUGUCAGCUGUUCAUACGCUUUCUCUAAAGGGUAGUGCGUAUGGCGAUUGGAGGCCUUUGGUACCAGCCCUUGGCUGCUUGAAGCUGAAUGUGCUAAGGGCAGCAGAUGGUCUGUUCCAAACAAAGCACCCAAGUUCUCUUGCUAGGGUGCCUCACUGGCAGGAGGAGGUAGCUUGCUGGUGCUACUGGGUGACUGGAUUUAUCCCUAUACUGGUUUUACCCCUUGAGGGAGGGGCUAGGAUGCUCUGUACUGAGCAAAUACCAUCUGAAGUAAAGGCCUAAAGGUGCCUAACUGUGUUGCUCUUUCCCCCCCCCCGUCCAGUACUAAGGAGACGCACAGGUGGUGAGCACAGCUGGGGGCUGUGAGGGAUUUAAGGGAAAAGAAAGUUGUGAUUUUUAUUUACUUUUUAUAAAAAAAUAAACUAUUUUUCAAGUGUUGACUUGUUGCUAUUCAAGAUGGGUAGGAGGCAGUGCUUCAGUUAAUUGGCCACCUGUGCAUUGAGGUGGGGGCUACCUGCAGACAGGCCUCUUCCCCAUUCUAUUGUCAGUUGUGCCUCCUUUCCCAUGGAGGAGGAGCUGCAGGGGAGAGGAUAGUUGGUGCUGACUGCUAGGACUGCUUGCAAAGGUAAUGAUGGUGCUGCUCUGGAAUCUUCUAAUAGGAACUGACUAAAUUACUGAUUUGUUUUGGUCAGCACCUACCUUGGCCAGCUUGGAACAUGGGAUUUUUCCAGUGAAAGGCCCUAGUCCCUUAAACCUGCCCUGAGACUGUUUGUGAACCAACCCACAUGCAUCAGCCUGGCACCUACUGCUGGCUUUUGCUGUUUGGUGGGAGGGGAAGGGGUGAGUGCUCUUGUUAUGGGUGAAGAAACCUCCUCCCCAUUGAUUGUGGGGAGUAAUUCCAGCUUGUGCUGGUCCUGUGACAGAAUAACCUGAGCAGUGAUUCCCUGCCCCUUUAAGGGUCUCUAGGGCACAGUCCUGUACAUUUUCUGCUCUUCGAGGGCAAAGAGGGCUGCAGCUUUGAUGGGAGUCUCCCAAGGGUAGGGAAUAUUACUGCAGUUCAGCUGGUUUCUGGGGGAGCAGUUCACUGGAUCGUGACCCAUUGAGCUUAGCACAAACCAUAAAACCAAGCAAAUGCUUCAACACACUUUUAUUGCUACAGGGUGUUUCCCUGCCAUGGACUAGAAUAAAGGUCCCUAUUGCACAUAAUCAGGUUUUUUUUGGCAUCCUUAAAAAUUGCAGAUUUCAGACAUGUUAAUCCCCUUUCCUGCAACCCUCCCUGACAAUAAAGCACACAAAACG